CGCACAACUCUCAUACAAAGAUGGCUAUCGGGAAGAACAAGCGUCUCUCCAAGGGCGGCAAGAAGAAGGGUGGCCGCCGCGCGGUCGACCAGUUCGCCAAGAAGGAGUGGUACGACAUCAAGGCGCCGUCGAUGUUCGCCAAGCGCCAGGUCGGCAAGACCCUGGUCAACAAGACCGCUGGUCUUAAGAUCGCCUCGGAGGCACUCAAGGGCCGCGUGUUCGAGAUCAACCUUGGUGACCUGCAGGAUGACGAGGAGCAGAACUUCCGCAAGAUCAAGCUCAUCUGCGAGGACGUUCAGGGCCGCAACAUCCUCACCAACUUCCACGGCAUGUCGUUCACCACCGACAAGCUCCGCUCGCUCACCCGCAAGUGGCACACCCUCAUUGAGGCUUCGGUGGAUGCCCGCACCACCGACGGCUACCUCAUCCGUCUCUUCGCCAUCGGCCUCACCGCCCGCCACCAGAAGCAGACCCGCAAGACCUCGUACGCCCAGACCUCGCAGAUUCGCGUCAUCCGCGCCAAGAUGCACGAGAUCAUGCGCCGCGAGACCGAGAACGUCGACCUCAAGGGCUUCGUCACCAAGCUCAUCCCCAAGGUCAUGAAGAAGGAGAUCGAGACUGCCGCCCGCUCCAUCUACCCGCUCCAGAACGUCUUCAUCCGCAAGGUCAAGAUCCUCAAGAAGCCGCGCUUCGACGUUGCCAAGCUCCUCGAGCUCCACUCGGUCUCGGCCAACGCCUCGAAGAAGGUCGACCGCGCCUAACUCGUAAAGCCAAGCAAAGUCAACCGUACCC